GGCAACGCGCCCUCUCUAUGGUGCGCCGGGCGGGAUGUGGCGGCUGCUGCUGGGCCGCGGGCUGGCCCGGUGCUGCCCGCCCCCGGCCCGAACCGCCUGGGCCGCCGGACCCGCUGCCCCCGACCGACCCAGCACCGAGCGGGCCGCCGGCUGCCGGGAUGGACCCGGGGAGAAGCCCCUGCCCCGCCUGGGGUCCCGCGGCUCCGUGCUGGAAGCAGUCACCUGGGGAGCGCUGGGAGCGCUGCUCCUGCAGCUGGUCAGACACAUCUCCUGGCUGAGGUCGGUGCCGGACAGCGGGAGGGAGCACAGGGCUCGCUGGAGGGGGUCCCGUCCCGCUGAGCACACAGUGGUGGCUGAAGCCUCGACGAGCUGUCCCAGCAGGCAGCUGCCAUCCUGCUUCUUGCAGAAAGGAAAUCCAGAGGUUGUACCGGAGAACUCAUCCUCAGGCGUCCCCUCAGGGCCAGGAGAGAGCCAGCCCUGGGCAGAAGGAGGGAAGUUUCAGAUCCCUGAGAGCUCCAGCUUGGGGCCAGUCCUCCACAGUGCAAAGGGUGACCCAGCUCAGCCAGGGUGUUUAGAAGAAGCUGCUUUCCAGCUGCAGCAGAUUUUCCGGAUUGACAUUUCCAUUGCAUUGAAUAUCCUGGGCAUUGAAAGCAUGAGGGCUGGCCACUAUGAGACUGCCUAUUCCUGCUUCAAACUGGCAGCAGAUCGAGGCUACAGCAAAGCCCAGUUCAACGUGGCUCUGUGUUAUGAGCACGGCCGAGGCACAGAAAAGGACCUGGAAAAGGCAGGUUUCUAUUACCAGCAGGCAGCCAGCAGCUCUCACCCCAUGGCACAGUACCGCUACGCACGGCACCUCCUGCGCCACAGACCUGGAGGGGAACGGGGCAGACGUCAGGAGGCAGUGGGUCUCCUGGAGCAAGCAGCAAAGGCUGGGAUCACAGAGGCACAGGCUUAUCUUGGAGUGCUCUACAUGAGGGGGCUGCAGCCAGAGGAAAAGAGAGGCCUGAAGUACCUGCUGCUGGCAGCACAGAACGGCGAUGCCCAAAGCAGGUACCACGUGGGUGUGUGCUAUGAGAAGGGCCUUGGUGUGCAGCAGAACCUGGCAGAAGCAAUGAGACACUACAGAGAGUCAGCUGCUGCGGGGAACAGGAGUGCCUGGGAGAGGCUGCGAGUGGUGGAAGAGGAAGCAGAAGAUGUGCCAACAAAGCAUCCCUUCCUUUCUGGAGUAAGAACCUCUUCCUCGAGCCCCUGUUUCUGGGCUGUGCAUCGUGUGCCUGCAGACCUCCAGGCCACCUACAUGAGACAGCCCACCCUGCCCCACUCCUGGAGUGCAGAUGGGCUCCACACCCUGGCACUGGGAUGGAGCAGUGCCCUGGGGAGCAGGGCAACACCACUGGACCUGCAGUGCCUGCAGCCCCACCACUGCUACCAUUAGAGCAGCUGCCACCAAGCUGCCUACAGACCAGGAGCAGUGUCUUCCAGUCCCAGGCUCUUCCCACGUGCUGACAGCUGCCGCAGGAGCCCCGAGCCCGUUUCAUUGUGGACUUGGACCUUCUGGGACAAAAUCAUUUCAAAGAGGGUGCUCAUUUCUGAAAGGAAGGUGCUGGCCAGUCUUGUCCCAGCAGCAUGUGAGUCAGCCCCAGCACCUUUGCCAAAGGUCUCAAAGGUCCUUGGUUUCUCCUGCCUGGCAGCUUCCUCGUCCUGAGGGGACUGCAGAGCGUCGGGGGAGAAGACGUUGUCCUUGUAGCUGGGGGUGAGGGGCAGGGAGAGCCGAGCCACCCACGCUGGGUCAGCAGCUGUCAGCCUCUUGAGGGCCAGCUCUGCAGGGAAUGAAAACAGGAACUGUGAGUGAGACAUGGAGCAGAGGAGACCCCAGGAGAGAAGAUGGGGGGGG